UUCAGUCAGCAGCAGCAGGGCGGGACAGUGGGAGUGGGAGUUAGGGCACCUAAAAAAUUCUGGCACUAAAAGUUGUCAUUCAUUUUUUUUUAGAAGUUUAGUGGCGUCGAGAAAGGCUUUAAAACACAUUCUGUCCUAGCUGGUUAGUGUUAACUUAUAGCCAGUAAGUGAGGUAUAGAUAACAGCAUUUUUAAGUCUUUACUACGCCGUUAUUAAUACCGAGUUUGGGGAUUUCAGCCGUUGACGCGAACAGGAAGAGAGACGCACGUGCAGCUGCCAAAAAAUAACCGACAAUGAAAUGCCUGGCGCCCUCACUGCGACAGGCGUUCCGGAGGCGAUGGUGGAUGGCCGGCACAGCAGUGGUGGAAAAUCUAGGAUUUUCGGCCGUGCUGCUGGGAUGGGGGUCUCUGCUCAUCAUGCUGAAGAACGAGGGCUUUUACUCGCACCUUUGCAUAGAAAAUGAGACAGCGGUGGCUAACGUCAGUACUGAGCCUCACGAGGCUCACGAGGGUUGGCUGAGUUGUGUAGAGCAGGAGGAGAUGCUCAACCUGGGCUUCACCAUCGGCUCCUUCCUGCUCAGUGCUGCCACGCUGCCUCUCGGCAUCCUCAUGGACCGAUACGGGCCCAGACCGCUUCGGCUCACCGGGAGCGCAUGCUUUGCUCUCUCCUGUGCGAUGAUGUCUGUGUCAGCAUAUCAGCCUCAAGUCCUCUCUGCCCUCAUCUUUGUCGCUUUGUCGUUCAACGGGUUUGGAGGAAUCUGUUUGACCUUCACGUCUCUCACGCUGCCCAACAUGUUCGGGAGCCUGAGCUCCACCGUGAUGUCACUGAUGAUCGGCUCUUACGCAUCAUCUGCCGUCACCUUCCCCGGAGUUAAGCUGAUAUACGAUGCUGGUGUGUCCUUCACCGUGAUCAUGUGGGUUUGGUCGGGUCUCGCCGUCCUGAUCUUCGUCAACUGCUUACUGAAUUGGCCGGUGGAGUCGUUCCCGACACCCGAAGAGAUGGAGGAGAUAAACACGAGACGCUCGGCUGAGAACUCUCAGAACCACACCCUGUCGUCAGCCGAAGAGAAAAACCAAGAUCCACUCAAUCACUCAAGUGACAAGCUGACCGAAAAAGCCACAAUCCCCUCCGUUCCUUUCCGUCGCUCCGUGUUUUCUCCCAUCUUCCUGUGGAGUCUGAUUACCAUGGGGAUGACUCAGCUGCGUAUCAUCUUUUACAUGGGAGCCAUGAACAAGCUGCUGGAGUUCAUGGUGACACAAGGAGACCCUCACCCCUCGGAGAAACUGGAACAAGAAGCUGAAGAGAAAGUGAGCUUUUAUUCGUCCAUCUUCGGCACGCUGCAGCUCCUUUGCCUGGUCACGUGCCCUCUGAUCGGUUACAUCAUGGACUGGAAGAUGAAGGAGUGUGCGGAGGAGAACAGUCCCACAGAUAGAGAGCUAAGUUCCACCUCCAAACCGAAGCGUGACAGAAAGAUCCAGAAACUGACGAACGCCAUGCGAGCCUUCACUUUCACCAACCUGCUGCUCGUCCUGUUCGGAAUCACGUCACUCAUCGACAACCUCCCGCUACAGAUCUUGACGUUUAUUUUGCACACUAUGGUCCGAGGUUUCAUUCACUCCUGCUGUGGAGGAUUGUAUGCUGCUGUCUACCCGUCUAACCACUUCGGCACUCUGACUGGACUGCAGUCUAUGAUCAGUGCCGUGGUCGCCCUGCUGCAGCAGCCGCUCUUCAUCGCAAUGUUGGGGCCACUGAAGGGAAAUGGUUAUUGGAUCAACGUCGGCCUGCUGAUCUGUUCGCUGGCAGGGUUCCUGUUGCCGGGAUACCUGUUCUACCACCGCCGACACCUGGUGCAGGAGAAGGCGUCACGGGAAAAGGCCGCACCAGAGAGUCAGGCGCUCAAACAUGCAGAAGCCAACAACCUUAACGGACACGCGCCCCAGGAGGCCUAGAUCCACCGAGGAACACGACCAGGAAGGUUAAUGCUUCUUCCAUCCCAAAAAGUGCAGACUCGGCAAAAACACAGCACAUCAGAUUAACAUUAGCCGUUAUAUGUUGGUGCUGAAUUUUUCAUCCAAGCAAGCCAUAAAUACUUCAUAUAAGGACUUUUAAUCAUUGCACAGCAAUGUGCAUGGAUUUGGAAUACUGGUUACUUUUUAAUGCAAUACUUCUUUAAUUUUUUCUAUUUUUAACCAUGUAUUUAUUUUGGAAGCUAACGCCUGAAAGCACCCCUAAUACACACUCUACUCCACUUGACUUGACUGUCGACAGGCUACCUCAGCUGAUCGUCACCUCUGUCACACUAAGCCAUGCGCCGGUUGGAUAGUUUGUCUGUAAAUUGUGUGUUUUUGUUCACCAAAGAGUGUUUGUAUACAGUAUAAACAUAUACACACCAGGUCAUUUUAUUGUAUUUCUGUUUUGAAAAUAAGAAAUAGAGUAUAAAAGGAAAUCGUGACUCAUAUCAUUUUAAACACCAAAGAGGAUGAAAAGGAUGAUAAGUGUUGUGUUUUUUUUUACAUUACGGACACGCCCUAAUGUAUUUUCCUUCACAUUUGGAACAGCCAUACAGGAAAUGUGCUUUUAUUCUGUACUUUUAUCAGUGCGACCAUUGUAAAGAAAUUUUUCUUUGUGGGUUUUGUUUCCCUUCUUUUUGCAUAUGCAUUGAUACUAAUGUAUUAUUUUAUCUUAUGCUCAAUAGUGUAGUGCUGUAACAGCAGUAUUUCUGCUCUGUAUUUACUUUCGUUUGCUUGGAAAGGGCAUGCGACAUCAGCAGUGGAUCAAUCAUACCAUAUCCUUCAAUAGUCAGGGGUCAAAAUGACAUGUCACAGGAAGACGUGUUACCCUUUUCGGGGGGAAUUUUGUCCUUACAGCCAGAUUUCACUUGUUUCAGUGUGUUGCGUGUGUUUGUGUGGAACCUGUGCCUUAUAAACAAUAUCUGCUUUUAUAUCUCUGAAUGUACACGACUUCACGGAUGCAACCGAAACUAUUUCUGCCUCGUUGUGGAGGUCAAUAAGCCAUGAAGUGGUGAAUGGAGUUUUAAAAGAUUUUAUGAAACAUUUCAAAUAAAAAAGAUGUGCAGAA